AUGGCGCCACCGAGAUCCGAGCUCGAACAGCAGAGACGACUGUGGGUCAGACAAAAGACCUUCCGGCAGAGAAAUAUGACCCCAGGCCAGAAAUGGCUCGACUCAGUCCUUGACGACGGCCGCUUCAAGCCGAAGCGUCAUUCGGUCAUCCCGACAGCCCUAGGAGAUGUGCUCGGCACUCUUAUCCACGAUAUUUUUCACGGAGUGCCCUAUGAGUUGCUUCCCUAUAAAUCAAGGAACAGCAAGCCUGUCACAAUAGGCACGGAAAGAUUUAGCGACUUCCAGUCCCUUUAUCGCAAGACAAACCAGGAGGCUCAUGUUCAUUUUACAAACAGGUUGGACGAAGCCUCAUUUACCAAUUUCCAGAAACAGCACGGACCCCGGCUGGUGGAGAUUCUCAGAAAGCGCCAUCUUGGAGGCAAAGACGGGUGGCUCUGUGAGAGUGAAGUCUUCACGUGUCUGCAGCUUCUUCUCGAGACUGUGCCAAAGCAGUGCAUCAUGGCCCCAGAUGAGGCUGUCAUUCCAGCUAUUGAAGGGAAGCCGUUACAGUUAUUCGACGACAAAUUCCUGUCGCAGGAUGACAACUGGAGUUGUGGCUACUGGAUGCUGGAGAUUGUUCGCCGGAUCUGUUUCCAAAAAGGCCUCCUCGAGCAGAACUGCAAGGCCCCUACGGCGCUAAUCAGUGCUGGAGGCUCCAAGGGUGUCGAUCCACUCCUCGAUUUCAUUCGCUCGGCUAUCAAUAUCAACAUCACGGAGGACCAUCUCGACAACACCAUCCUACCUGGAGAGGCCUCUGAUGCACUCUACAAACGUGACAAAGGCAGAGAUAAUUGGCACAGUAUCGAUCUAUGGGCAAUCCAUGCUGACGAACUCGACGUGGAGAAGGAUAAAUUAGAACGAGUUUCGGCCGGAGCUCGCUGGACCGAGGUGAACCACGUUCAAUUGUAG